ACAACAUCUUGUCGUUAGACCUUUCUAGAGCCUUCGACACAGUAUCGCAAUGGUCCAUUCUGCGAGCUCUGAACAGGUUCGUUAUAGACGAGACAACAAAAAGGUAUAUAAUGGUCUCCUACCUAAAAUCUUAUACCAUAGUCUCUGCUGGCAACAAGGAAACAAGGAGAAUCAACAUCGAUAGAGGCGUAAAGCAGGGAGACCCCUUAUCGCCCUAUCUUUUUAACUUAGUAGUGGAUUAGUAGGGCGAACUGGAGAAUGGUGGGUCGGGCAUACCUGUCUCAGAUGACAUGAAGGAGUCAGUACUAGCGUAUGCGGAUGACCUAGUGCUAUUGGCAGAGUCUGUCAAGAGUGCCACUAAGCAGCUUAGAAAUGUUACUAAGUUCUUUGCGAAGCGAGGGAUGUCGAUUAACCCGACAAAGAGUGUUGCCAUAUCGGUUAACGUCAACUGAGGCAACAAACACUCUUACGUGGUUACUCGGCCUCUAUUCGCGGCAGAGGGUCAGUUCAUCCGCCAAUUAACACCUCAGGAUAUGUUUAAAUACCUGGGCAGGCGGUAUGGAGUCAUGGGACAGACUCGAUCCACCAUUUCCGACCUCAAAAUCCAGCUCUAUAGAAUAAACAAAUUAGGACUUCAACCGGCACAGAAACUUAACAUCGUUAAACACUUCUUGUUGCCGCGCAUACAAGAUCAAUUACAAAGCGCCAUGGUCACCAAGAAGACUUUAAAAACCGCUGAUACGAUCAUCAGAGUAUCCGUUAGAAAGUUUCUUGGUCUGAACCGAACAUGUGCGGAUGCUUAUCUGCAUACCCCUAUAAGAGGUGGCGGCCUGGGUAUAACUUGCUUAUCUCAACAAGUGCAAGCCAUAAUGAAAAGACGCUUCAAUAAUUUAAUAAAUAGUGCCACGCCAACAACGGCAGCUGUUCUUUCCCUGCCUUAUAGUAGUAAUGUAGUAAAUGUAGAAAAUUGCCGAGUAGAAAUGAUGGGUAGUAGAAGUUGAACCCAACAUUAGAUGCAUCGACGGCGCAUUAAAAAACCUGAUCUCGUGCUCCAAAUGGAUUCAAGAGCCAUACUGUGUGACAUUGCCGUCAGCUGGGAGGGAUCUAGCUCCCUUUCCCUAGCCGCUCUGAACAAGAGCGCCAUUUAUAGCGAGCCACGCUUCCCAAGUGCCAUGACAUCCCGAUACCCUGGAAACAUAUCGUCGUGGCCCCACUAGUCGGGGGAGCGCGUGGAAUCUGGUGUCGAGAUAAUAAUAUCAUUUCUAGUAUUCUAAGCAAGACAUCAGAUCUUACAUUACCAAAACUAUUAUUGGCAGCCUUUCAAUUCAUCGCUAUUUUAUGGCUCAAUCUUAAAUAGACUGAUGAAACAUCUACUCAAACUAAGAAGCCUCAAUAUGAUUUUCGCCCGAAGGUGUACUACCAUUGGAUAUAGGUAGAUUAGUAGAUGAGCAACGUAUGUCUGACUACAGAAAUAGGGAAAACCGUGUGUUAGAGAGAGAGCAGCGAGACAAUGUGUAAGACAGAGAGAGAGAGACUCCGUUUUUGCGCAUGCGUAAAGUUAUAUAUUCGUUGCGAUGAUAACAGCGGGAGCCCUGAUAUACCAGGUCGGUUAAAAGUUUUUGGGUUUUUUAAAAAUUAUAUAUUCCGUUAUUAAUGUGAUUGGAAAUUAGUUUUUUGAGGAUAGCAGAAGAGUGAAGAUCAUGUUAAUCAUUAUAUUAGCUGCAGUACUAUGUCCAGUACUAUGCGUUGUCGACCAACAUUAUGCUAUGAAGUAUUUACACCGGUUCGGGUACGCAAAUGAAAAUGAUUUGACUAAACUUGAGGAUUAUUUGUUGAGUUUUCAAAAAAGAUAUAAUAUCCCUGCAACGGGAGAAUUAGAUGAAAAUACAAUUCAACUUCUAAAUAGACCAAGAUGUAAUGUGAGUGAAGCAGCUUCCGACGAUGAUCAUUCUUUUAGAGUUAAAUCAAAAUGGUCAAAAUUUGAUUUGAAAUGGUAUUUCCCUCAGGCAACUCCAGAAUAUCUUAAAGUAACCAAAAAGGCUUUUGAAGUGUGGAAUAACAGUUCAAAGUUUAAAUUUGAAUUAAUACACAAAAUACGGCCUUAUGCUCCCGAUAUAUCUAUUACAGUUGUACGGGGAAAGCACUAUUUUCGAGCAAAUUGCCAAGGUAGAGGUGAGUGCUCCAGUACAUUUGAUGGCCCCGGAAAGGUGUUGGCACAUGCUUAUUUCCCAAAAGGCAACAGUUGUAUAGAGCUUCAUAUUGAUGCUGAUGAGAAGUGGGAUUUAAGUUUGGAUGGAUCAAGUUCAGAAGAUCAGACUAGCCUACUUAUGGUAUUAAUUCAUGAAAUUGGGCAUAUUUUAAGAAUUGCUCACAGUGUUAUUGAGACAGCAAUAAUGUAUCCAUGGUAUCAAUUCAACAUUGCUCCUAAAUUGGAUGAGGAUGAUAAAAUGGCCCUUGAAGCUCUUUAUGGACCAAUCAAUACAUAUGUAAAUAAUCCUUUCAAACCCACAUCAGCGCUGCCACCGACUACAAAGACACUUGCACAUCAACCAAAUGAAUCGGAUAAAAAUUUAUGUGUCAUAAUACCGGAGUAUAUGUUCAUUGCCAUGGCUGGUGAAUUUGAAAAUUACCAUUUAUAUAUUAUUAAUGAAAAUUCCCUAUGGAAAAUUGAUUUGAACUCGAAACUUAUUCCCUCGCAACGAGAAAUACUCGAUGAUUAUUUACCUGAAGAAGUGGGUCCCAUAAUGGAUUUAAAAAAAAUUAACGCAACGUCUCUAAUUACAGAGAGAAAACCAAUAACAAAAAUACAAGAACUACCUUUGAAUACUCUGAGGGCUAUAAAGAAGGCAAAAAUAGUCAAUUCCAAAUUCGGAGAAUCAGUUUUAUUGGAUUUAGAUACAGAAGUAGUGUUUUUACCGCAAAGAGUCACAAGUGUCUACAAACCAGUCAUUGAAGAAUUUGAAAAGGAAAAAUACGGAAUUAUAUUCAAGGGAUUAGUGGAUGUUGGAAAAAAUCAACGGCUAGCGUCAUUUGAAAUUGAGGAACUAUAG